AACCUAUUGUGAGAGUGGACUACGUGGAGUUGAAGUGUGUGCAAAAUCAGAGCUGUUUGUUUGGCAAUUUGCUGCUGUCUGUGAUACAAUCUACCCCGCAAAGCUUUGGACAAGACCAGGUUGAAACCUGCUGCUGAAAGCCUUUUCGGAACAAGGAGCAAUCAUCAUUAUCACGGUUGAGAGGCAAGCAGCAUCAGUAUGAGUGUGCGACGGUACAAGCUGAUAUUUAUACUGGUGUUUUUCAUUCAAACGUCCGCGGCCAACGAUCCACACUCCGCGCCGGCCACGACCACGUUCCAGCAGUGGCCAGCGGUCAGCACCGGCAGCAGCAGCUCCAUCAGUGGUUUCGGUUUCACGAGAACUGGCCGCUCUAGUCAGGGGACACCAGAUAACAAAAACCGGCCCCUCUUCUCCCCCCGCAUGGAGUACAACGAGUGGCUCCCGGUGGGUCGCGGUGACCCGCUGAAGAAUGACCCCACGUACGACUACAGCCCGCCGGUGCUGGACCGCGUUCGGUACUGGUCGGAGAACCUCGCCAACAAGGACAAGGGCAACGACAUUCUGCUGCUCGGAGUGCCAUCGAAAAAGGCCAGCAACCAGCAAAAGGCCAUCGUAGAACAGCAGCAGCAGCAGCCUCAGCAAGUUCCGUGGGGGUCAAACAGCGGGCCAAUGAGGCGAAAUUACUACCACCACCAGAUCAACCAGUUACCAACGGUGUUGAUGCCACCGCCGCUGAACAACCACCUGCAGCCGGACGGCGGGGAUGGGUAUCUGUGGACGCAGGCCAGCACACAUCAGGCGCAGCGGUACGAAGGACUGCCCCAAGGGGAGGGCUUCCGGUAUCGGCCGCAGCCGGGGCCGAUUCCCCAGCAGCAACAUCAACCGCAGCCACAUCCUGGGCAUAGCUUCCAGUAUCAGGGUCCAAAGUACACCGAACCUCCCAUGUACCACAUGAACUCGUUCCACCAGCAGGCCGUCCACCCCAGCCAGCAACAGUACACGACCACACUGCGGCUCACAACUCCCAACGACAUCGGCCACGGCAACCCCAAGAAACCGAUCCUGCACACGAUCCUCCAGAACGAGAAAGCCUAUCCGUUCACCAAAACCGCCAUGACCAACACCAUCACCGAGUACACGUCCAGCUUCUACAACCCGCAGAACAUCAACGCGAUGGCCACGACCAUCAUCCACCCACCGCAGACCACCGAGUACCUGACGGCCGAACCCACCAAGGUGUUCCCCACGGUCAGCACCUCGAUGAAGGCACCUUUCGUAACGCCCGCAACGUAUGUUUCGCCAAUGACCUCCACGACGACGACGACCACGACGACCAGCACCACGAUGCGACCUUACCAGCAAACCAUGGACCCCGUGCUGGCGCAGUUCAACCAACCUCCACGGCCGGUGGCCCCACUCUACCUGAUCAUCGAAGGUCACUCCAAGGUGAAAACGUACGGACUCAACAACAACGACACCCUGAUGCAGCUGCCCAAGCUGGUUCCGGUGAUCGGUUCCGAGGAUCCCGUCAUCCGACACGUGGUCAGUCGGGACGACACCGGGGACGCGCUGCAAGUUCCGCACGUAACGAUGAAACCUUCGACGACGACCACCACGACAGCAACUCCACCCACGACCUCCAAAACACCACCGGCGGAACCGUCCACCUCCGAUGAAGAAACCAGCGAGGAAAAGUCCGCCGUCAACUCGAUACUCAGCCUGCUGGACGCGUCCUUCGGAAACUUCCUGCUGAACGGCGAGUCCGGUGGAAACUCGCUGGACAGCGGUGAAAGCGACAAGGACUCGAAGGCGCGGCGGAACGCUCGAAGUGCCCGAGAGCCGGAAAGCCAACAGGUGUACGUGAUAGGCUCCUUCCAGGUGGGGGAUCAGCAGCAGGAAGCGACCGGAGACGGCUACCGGAGGGGAGAUGUGUUCGACGAAACGAGUGCCAGCAUUGAUCGGGAUGCAUUUAGACAGUGACCGGACGCGAUUAUGGACGAUUGUUAAGUUUGAGCAACCUGGAAAGUUUGUUGGGAGAGCCACGCUGUUUUUGGGAGUGGCAAAUUUCUUGUUGAAUUUCAUGUGACCAUUUGUAAAUAGAAACAAUAAAAAAAACUAGCCAUUAAUUUUGACUACUUUUAAGGAUUGAGUGAGCGAAUUUAUUCAUUGGCAGCUUCUUUUGUAGGGGUUUUAUGUUAUACAGGUUCUCAGCGAUGUUUUUCACGAGAAAAUAACGCAAAUAGGAGGAAGUCUGCUUUGUAGAAAACUCUUUGGAUUAGGCUGGUUUUGAAUAAAGAAAUGUGAGAGUAA